CUAGACUUUCAAAUGCAAUGGCAUAAAGGGCAUAAAGAAUUCGUAGAAGUGGUCGGUAGAAGUGAAGUACACAAUCGCCUCGUUUUCACGUAUGGCCGGAGGCCUUUAUUUACUUGGAGACCUCGGUCGAGUGAUUUUGUUUUACGGGAGGUGCGGUUGUUCAAGAUGGCAGUCUUUGCUAGAAUAUCCCUUCUGGUGUUAGUGAUUUGUCCAGCAGUAAGGGCUCAAGAUUCUGCCUUUGGAAUUGUGGAGCCUUUUCCAGAGAACAUCUAUCCAUUAGAGUUCACUCCAGCACAGGUCACUUGUGUUGCUUUUGAUGCGGAAGGAAUCCUUGUUCCUGAGAAAAUCAAAUUUAUGAGGAGAAAUAGGUUUAAUCGCUUUGUAGAACUAAAACCUGAUGACAACUUAUACUUUACCAACCGAAGCGAAAAGGAAGAUGGUAAAACCAAGAUUUUUACCACCAUGUUCAUGAGAAAUGUAACAUUGGCUGAUGACAGUCUGUAUGGUUCCCUGGGAAGCUAUGAGUGUCAUGGUUUUGUGGAGGGUGAAGCGCUGGAGAAGGCGAGACAUGGCUUUAGUGUUAGUGUCAUCACAAGAAGUGAAAUUCCCCAAGUCGUUGUCCCUGAUUCCAAAGUCUUAGAGCAUGGUGAUGAUGUCACACUGAUCUGCAACUUGACUGAAAGAGGGAGCCAAGCUAGCACCCCAUUGAAGAGGAUUUCAUGGUUUAAGGAUAAUGUCUUGUUGGAAAGUGUGCGAAAUCCUGAUCCACAGAACUCUAAGGACACACUUGGUCCACUGACAAUCAAAGGCGUCGGUGUCAGAGAUGGAGGGCAAUACACCUGUCUAUUGGAAGUGCUUUUACGAAACAUCAGAGAAUACAAUGUGUCUGAUAACACUGUGAUACACAUUAAGCCAUGGCUUCCAAAACCAAAGGAGCCUACUGAAGAGAAGACAUUCAAGGGAGAUGAUGUGCCAUUUGAAUGUGCGGCCAAAGGAUUUCCUCUGGAGGUUGAAUGGAAGGUUAAGAGGAAGAAUGAGGACACUCUACUGACUUGUAUAAAUGGUUCAGAUGGAAAUUACAAGAUUCACCGUGCCAGUAAAGAUCACCCUUACAUUCUGACGAUAUCCGAUGUGCAGUACACUGAUCGUGGAUUUUACUACUGUUGUCUCCCCUCCAACUGUUCCGAACAUGUUGAUGAAUGCCAGAAGUUCAUCCUUCGUGUCCGAGAUCCGUUGGGUGCAUUGUGGCCUGUUAUUGGCAUUCUUAUUGAGGCCAUUGUCCUUUUCCUGAUCCUCUUCAUUGUAGAGAAAAGGAAGAAGAAUAAGGAAAAAGCUGACAAGGAAGAUGGCCGCAUGGAGUUCAGUUACAGCUCCACGGAUGACGGAGACAGAGGCCAAGUACGCUUGCGCAAAGCGGGUGAAACUGCAGUCGCUUAGAACGUCCUGCUCACGUCACGUGUACAGCUCAUGUCAAUCCCGUGUUAUCGACAGUGUACUACUCCUCUUAGCCACGAAGAAGUUACUAUUAAUAUUGUGAUUUUUGCGAAGAAAGUUCACUAAAACAGAUACAUGUAUUCAGUGCUCUAAACACACUAGCUCACGUUUAUAAGACGAUUCUAUUGAACCCAACCAAUGAAAAACUCAACACAAUUGAUCGAAAAAUAGUGCUAGGAAAAGAAAAACACAAAGGUGAUUUGAAAUCGUUUAAUGUUUCGGACGGACAGAGUCAGAAAUGCCAAAAUAAAUGACUGGAUUUCUGCCGGUCAAGGGUAAGCUUAAAAAUCCCACGCGAUUGUUAUAAAGCGGUCACAGAGAGGUUUAACUUUGAACAUUUCAUUUCCGUAGGCAAGAAAAACUUCAUUUUCUAAGCGAUAAAUAUAUUUUCUCGGUUAUUUGACCUUUUUUAUUUGUCAUUUUGCUAUCAAACAAAAAACGAAAUGCUGUAUAAUUUUAUUGCUGAGACAGCAGGCCUAUGGGACCUUCUACCGUCCAAAAUUUAGCAUUAUCCUAGCUAGCGGUGAAAUAACUCAAGCACUGAUCAGCGUGAGAGCACUGAUAGAAGAUUCUCACAUUACCUUCUUUUCAAAAAUCAUGACUGCGAAAAAUUCUAAUGCUCGUUUAGUUUUUGUCAAGAAACUUUUUUUAAGGCAACUUUUUUUCUAAGAGAACAAGGAAAUAAUGUUAGAAGUAAUUUGCGAAUUUUGUAUUUACUUCAGGGACGUUGAUUGUAUAUAUUAAUUUAUCCAUCGCUUCAUACGAGUGACUUUGAUAUUUCGGUACAUACAAGAACAGGUCACCAACAUCAAAUUAGAGUUCGUGACGACCGUUUUGAGUUUUUUUGCUCGGUAAGCUGAACUAAUAAACCUUCGGAAAGCGUUCGUAAUCUCUCGGCCUGCAAUCGGAAGCUCCGAGACUUUCCCAAAUUUCCGAGGUUUAUUGGCCAUACAGUACCUCUCGUUUUAUUCCUCUCGGCUCAAGACCUCGUUCUUGUUGACGGCGUGUUAUACACUUACCGUGUAAAUGGCAAACUUGUAUCUCUAAUUUGGCGUGGGGGCUCGCCUGUAUAUACAAGGAAAGUCAAACGAGGGUAAUUCAGAUCCCUAUACUAUGGGAAAUGAAGAGGGGCAUAUUUUAUCCCAAGCUUGUAUCAGUUAUAUCGCGUGAAUGAUGUCAAAUAUGCAAUGGCUUUCAAGCCUUGUAAUUGGCUGGUCCCACGCGACGUAAAUUAAGCACAGAUGUCGAGAAAAAUUGACAAUCAAUAAUGCUGUUAUCAACUUAUGUUUUCAGGAACGCAGUGAAUAAUUAUAUUUAAAUCUUAGUUGUGCUUAUCAAUGCUUCGUUUGAUACGAUAUAUAGUAUAGUCCAUCUAUUUCAUGAUUGCACGGUUGUAAAUGCCAUGGAGGGAGAGCUAAUAGCAACAGUAAAUGUCAAGAAAAACCACCACA